AACAAAUCACUAUAUUAAGUAACUUAGCAGCACCGUCUCUUUCUCUCCACCAUUAAUAAUCGAUCUGAAACCAAUGAAGCUGAAGCAUUAAUAUUUCUGAACAAGAAAGAAACAAGAGUGAAAAACCCUUCAACCCUAGAGAUGGCAUUUGCACCAAAUGUUCAAGAAAUGGUAAGAAGUAACCCAUUGCAGGUCCCUGAAUCAUUCCUCGUAAGCAGGAAGGAAGAAGACGAGCCAAAGAGUACAGCAGAUGCGUUUGAUCUUUCAUCGAAGAUCCCUAUCCUCGAUCUUUCUCUGCUCUCGAGAGGGCACGAGGAGGAGCUCAACAAACUGGACCAAGCUUGCAAAGAAUGGGGAUUCUUCCAGGUGGUUAAUCAUGGAGUGGCAACAGAAUUGCUGCAGGAGAUGAAGGAUGCAACGGCCAAGUUCUUUGAACUUCCUCUAGAAGAGAAGAAUAAAAUACGCAUGUCAGGUGGCCGUGAGGGCUAUGGGCAAGCCUAUGCGAUUUCCGAAGGGCAGACAAUGGACUGGUCCGACACACUAAUUCUAAGCCUUUAUCCAGCUCAGUCAAGAGACCUUAAGUUUUGGCCAACUGCACCAAAUGGGUUCAGGGAAACUAUCGAGGCAUAUUCAAGUGAAGUUAAAAGAAUUGGGGAGGAACUCAUAAGGUCUCUAUCUACUGUCAUGGAGCUAGAGAAGGAUGCUCUUCUUGGACUGCAUAAAGAGGUGCUUCAAGCCUUGCGGGUGAACUACACUCCUCCAUGCUCCAUGCCUGAUAAAGUACUAGCUCUAAGUCCGCACUCGGAUACAACCACCAUAACCAUACUCAUGCAAGAAGAUAAUGUCACCGGAUUACAGAUUCGAAAAGAAGGCAAAUGGGUGCCGGUGAAGCCGAUUCCGAACGCUCUCGUUGUGAAUGUCGGAGAUGCUCUUGAGAUAUGGAGCAAUGGGAAGUACAAGAGCAUUGAGCAUAGAGCUGUCCCCAACGAAAACAGGCUGAGGAUAUCUUAUGCAUCAUUUCUUUUUCCACAUACUGACGCGGAAGUUGGACCGUUUGAUCAUAUGGUGGAGUCAUCAAGAAAAUACAAGAAAAUAAAAUUUGGAGAUUAUAUGGCGAAGGCCAUAAAGGGGAAACUCGAUGGGAAGGCACACACUGAAAUGGCAAAGAUUGGAAGUUGAGCAAUGAUUAAAAUUUUUAAAAACUAGAAGAAAAAUCUAAAUCUUGCCUUCUGUGAUGACUUUGAUCAGUAAGCUGCUUGUUAUUAAUAACUUCUAGUUUGGUGUUGGUUUUGUGAUUUGAUUCUGGUAUAUGUUAUCCCCCUAAGUAUGUUUAUGUUAUG